UCCGUGGAAGGAGGGCUAUGAGUGGAUUUUUCUUUUUGUUUUUCUAAUUUACUGACAGAGAGGGCGAGGAGCGUGGUAAGGGAUGUCGUCGUACCUUCGCAUGCGUCUGUCUUUUAAGUAGUUUGGUUUGUUCAAGACAGAUUAUGGGUAGUUCCUGAAAACGACAGAAUGGGUCCCAAGGGAGUGUUUACAGUGCUGUUCAUGGCAGCCCUGAGCAGUAGCCAGCUUGCAAAGGUAGCAGCCUCUUACCCUGUUUCCGGGGCUGCGCUGAGUGAGUCGACAGAUGGCAGUACGAAGACGGGAGAGUGCACGUAUUCUGACUCUCUUGGAAAGCAGAUUCAGAUCAGAUACACAGAGACAGCCUCAGGGGAAGUAACGAUAACCUCUGGUAGUGGGUACUCUGGAGAUGGAAAAGAGGACCUUCGCAAGUGCCGUGAGGCAGCUGAACAGGCACGUAAGGAAGCAGAGAAGGCUGUUGAAGAACACAUGAAAUCCGUCACUGACUUGGACAAGAAUUUCAAGAAGCAGGAUGAGGAAUUGGAGAAGACUAUGAAGGAUCUUGAUGCACAGUUGCAGGAACAGCAUAGGAAGUUGCAGGACAGUCUCCAAAAGCAGCAGGAGCAGUUUCUGCAACAACAACAACAAUUUUUCUCCAGCAUAAUGUUCCCAUUCUCUGGAUAAGUUUGAAAGACUUGCUAGCACAUGUCUCCCUUAAAGUACAUGAAAAUAUAUAUUUUUUUUAUAUAUGCAUGUGCCUUGAUUUGUAUUUCACGCAAGCACGUUUAUUUAUUUUAUUUAUACAUUCUUACAAUACACACAGAUGAAAUGUACGUGAUUGUCACCAGCUACCAUAUACCUAUUUUAUAGCAAGGAAAUAUUUAUUUUGAAAGAAAAGUAGUUUACACAAACCAGAUGAUGUGCAAGACAGGCAUACAUAUUCAUACAUAACAACCAUAGCUUAUACUGAUGUAAUUUGUAUGCUUGAAAAGAACAGAGAUUAGUAAUGUUAUUUUCAAAAAUAUAUUUUCAUCAGAAUAUCUUAUAAAAGUAAAAGAUUUAAAAGUUUAAAGAAGAGAAGAAAAAAGCAGUUUCUAAAAUAGUAUCAGGAAAGCUCAUAAUAUUAAAAUCUGGUAGUAUGUUGUAACUCUAACAAAACAACGUGGUCUCUUUAUGCAACUAUGACUCUAAAGGAGAAAAGGUUACCAAUUCAGUUCAGUGUUGACAUAUCAAACCAAAGAUAAUUUACAAAGACCUCAGAUGGGCUACAUCACGGGUCAGCAAUCUAAGGCCCAUGAAGUUUUAACUCCCUGCUGUUUGUAAUUUUUGGACAUGAGAUUAUUGUUAAGAAAUAAUAUUCUUUCUUAAUUGGCCUUUAUUAUUGCUUUUUUUCUGAAUAUUGGCAGCUCACAGACAAGGUUUCUGGGGCCUAUUCAAACCAAGGUUGCUAACCCUAGGCCCAUGUAUUUAAUUUAUUAUUUAGAUAUAAAAGAUGUGUUGUAAUCAUUGUAUUUUAAGUUAUUUAUUUACAGUUGAAUAUAUAUUGGAAUCUAUAUUCAUUACAUUCCAAUUUUCUCUUCUUGCUUUCUUUUUUUUUUACAAUAUUCUAGGCUUACAAGUUAAUAUUUGCAUUUGAAGAUGUUUCUGUUUGCUAUUAGAUAUAUUUAAUUUUUAUGCUUUUACAAUCUUUAAUGAGAGUAUGGAAAGUUACAGAAGAGGAUAAGGAAAGAAAUGGGAGAUUUCUGUUCCUUCAAAUAAAGGAAUCACAGAG